AUGCAGACUCCACCAAGAACCCCAGCAAGCCCACAGGAGGGUAGAUCAGGAGGUCCCAAACGUCGUCGUCGCAACAGCACCAGUAGCGAUGCCGAUGAAGACGGUGCCGUCUUUCUAGGAAGGCGUCGUCGAUCAAUCUCUCCUGAGCCAGUUUCAGAAGAAAUCCAACCGGAGAGACGACCGCGAGGCCAAAGGAGCCCUCGUCGCUACAGCAAUGUAUCCGAAGAUGGAGCCGUAUUCAUGGGACGAGAUAUAUCUCGCCCAAACACCCCACAGUCCUUUCGUCGUUGCACUCUUUCAAUCAAUGUGCCCGCGUCUAGAGGGCACCCUCCGCCUAGGUCUCCCAUGGGAAGACUAGUAUAUUGGCUCGAGAGACCCUUGAACUACGCAUCUUGGACCGUCGCACAGCAACAAAAGUUUUGGAAGGAAGUCGCUCUGGCUUUGACGAUUGUGGUUUCAUUCCUGCUUGUGACGAGAUUCAGUCAACCGGAUUGUCCACCUCGGUAUACUGCAGUGUCAGGGUCAGAUGGCGGCGCUGCUGUUUCUGUACCUACCCACCAUCAUCAUUAUUCUUCGACCUCAUCAGUACAGUCUCCCACCAUAGUCCCCGGGGAGUCAGUCAUACCCUCGAGUCCGGCAGUCAUACCCUCGAGUCCCAUCGGUCCCCUCAGUCCCAUCAGCCCCAACAGUCCAGCUUUCCCAGGACCGCACGUGUCAAACCCGGGUAGCAUACCAAACCCAGAUCUUACCGCCCCAAGAGGCGUAUUGGCAUCAGAACUCUGGACAUAUAAUCCAAAGACGGUCGCAUACGCAUUUUCAGGGUACAUCAUUGGCAAUCUCGGAAACCUGAUCCAUAGCGCGUUCUGGGGACAAGUCGGCAGUAAAGUCGUGAACAAGGGCUAUGAGGCGUUUGCUGCUGAGCCUGAUGUUCACGGUUGGGAUACAGCGAUUGCGAGUCAGCAGAACAGAGCAGGGAUACUUGAGGCUUUGAGAGGUGUGGAGGAAUCUGCAGAUGCCAGUGACAGUUUGAAGCGAAUCGAGACUCUUGAGGCUUUGCAGACACAACUAGACGAGUUGAAGGUUCAUCAAUACGAGAUUGUAAAAAACCUAGACCUCUACCACCGCGCCUCGAUCCUCGCCUCCUCGGCACUAGAUGACCACACUCUUUUUGGCAGCACAAAGCCCGAUGCCCUGAAAUCGCUAAACACGUUGCGUGUCUCGAUGCUAGAGACCGCUUCUGCACUACUCAACCACAUUGACUCUGCUGAUCAGAACACCGCAUUUGUCAAGAACUUAUCAGAGGGUUUACCUUGGAAAAUGCAAAGGAGGAGCAGUCGGUGGCGGAAGUUGUUGAAUGGGUGGAGGUCUAGAGGGGUCAGGAAUGCGUUUACGAGAUUGGAGCAUUUUGAGGUUUAUGUUAAUGCUGUCAGGGGCAUGGUUACGAGUGAUGUUUUGGCGUUGAGGUAG